UUUUUGUACUUUUCAUUUAAGACUCGUGAUGGCUGUCCUGUCACUAGCUUUACUACUUGUAGGAUUUGUACUGACUUCAGCUGGCAAGGUUGGUGAAGUAGAUAGAGAGGACCAGUUGAAGAGCCGGCUGAAAGAGUACGGCCUGGUCACCCCCUUCAGCACCGACUCCCAUGGACACUAUCUGUCACACCUGCUUUCCGCCUCUCACAAGCAGCGCGUCAAGAGGGAGGUGUUUGAAACUGAUGGAUCUGGACAAAGCCUUUUCUUCAACAUCACCGCCUUCGGGAGGGAGUUUCACCUUCAUCUGCGCCCAAACAACAGGCUGGUGGCCCCCGGUGCGAUGGUGGAGUGGCACGAUGAGAUCCAAAGACUUGGAAACAUCAGCAGCGGUGCUGUCAAUGAUUCUAGUGUGAGCGCCAACCAGACUGACACCACCAACGGGACCGAGCGGAUACUGCGCCGCGAGCUGCUUAAGACAGACUGCACCUUUACCGGUGACAUCACAGACGUUCCCGGGGCCUCGGUUGCCAUUAACAACUGUGAUGGAUUGGCUGGGAUGAUUCGCACCGACUCGGACGAGUACUUCAUCGAGCCGCUGGAGAAAGGCACUCAGGAGCUGGAGGACCAGGGCAGGGUCCACGUGGUUUACCGCAGGUCAGCCCUGCUGCAGGCCCCCUCGGACAUCUCUGUAGAUUACCAGCUGAAAGAGCCAGAGCUCGACGUUCCCGGGACUCUCGACUCAGUAACCCGACAGGUGAACGAGACGAUCCACCGCCGCAGCCGGAGGAACGCCGGGGAGGAAGACUACAACAUAGAGAUCCUGCUAGGAGUGGAUGACUCGGUGGUCCGAUUUCACGGCAAGGAGCACGUGCAGAAUUACCUUCUCACACUGAUGAACAUAGUGAAUGAGAUUUACCAUGACGAGUCUCUGGGAGUCCACAUCAACGUGGUCCUGGUGAGGAUGAUCAUGCUGGGGUAUGCCAAGUCCAUCAGCCUCAUUGAGAGAGGCAAUCCAUCACGGAGCCUGGAGAACGUGUGUCGCUGGGCCUUUGUGCAGCAGAAAGGAGACCCUGAUCAUGCCGAACACCACGACCAUGCAAUUUUCCUCACUCGCCAAGGCUUUGGCCCGACGGGGAUGCAGGGUUACGCUCCAGUCACGGGCAUGUGCCACCCUGUCCGGAGCUGCACCCUCAACCACGAAGACGGCUUUUCCUCUGCUUUUGUCGUGGCUCAUGAGACCGGACAUGUGUUGGGCAUGGAGCAUGAUGGCCAAGGCAACCGCUGCGGGGAUGAAACAACCAUGGGGAGCGUGAUGGCCCCUCUGGUGCAGGCGGCCUUCCAUCGAUACCACUGGUCAAUGUGCAGCGGGCAGGAGCUGAAGAGAUACAUCCACACCUACGACUGUCUCCUGGAUGACCCCUUCAAACACGACUGGCCCGAACUUCCCGAACUUCCCGGCAUCAACUACUCAAUGGAUGAGCAGUGCCGGUUUGACUUCGGAGUCGGCUAUAAGAUCUGCACUUCCUUUCGUACAUUUGACCCGUGUAAGCAGCUGUGGUGCAGCCACCCAGACAACCCCUACUUCUGUAAAACCAAGAAGGGGCCGCCUCUCGAUGGGACCGAGUGCGCACCUGGAAAAUGGUGCUACAAAGGUCACUGCAUGUGGAAAAACCCCAAUCAGGUCAAGCAAGAUGGUGCCUGGAGCUCCUGGAGCAAAUAUGGCUCCUGCUCACGCUCCUGUGGAACUGGAGUUCGAUUCCGGACUCGUCAGUGCACCAACCCCGCACCUUCCAAUGGCGGUCAGGACUGCCCGGGAGUAAACUACGAGUACCAGUUGUGCAACACAGAUGAUUGCCCGAGGCACUUUGAAGAUUUCCGAGCCCAGCAAUGCCAGCUACGCAACUCCCACUUUGAAUUCCAAAAUGCCAAACACCACUGGCAGCCCUACGAGCAUCCCGAUGCAAACAGGAGGUGCCACUUGUAUUGCCAGUCGAAGGAGACGGGAGAUGUGGCAUAUAUGAAGAUACUGGUGCAUGAUGGGACACGUUGUUCUUACAAGGAUGCCUACAGUAUCUGCAUACGUGGAGAAUGUGUGAAAGUCGGCUGUAACAGAGAAAUUGACUCCAGCAAAGCUGAGGACAAAUGUGGGGUUUGUGGUGGAGACAAUUCUCACUGCCGCACCGUCAAAGGAACCUUCACCCGAGCGCCGAAGAAAGCUGGUUACCUUAAGAUGUUUCUCAUUCCUCCUGGAGCUAGACAUGUGAUCAUCCAAGAACAUGAGGCCUCCCCUCAAAUUCUUGCGAUCAAGAACCAGGCGACGGGGCAUUACAUCCUGAACGGCAAAGGGGAGGAAGUCAAGUCCAGGAGCUUCAUCGACUUAGGCGUCGAGUGGCAUUACAUCAUCGAGGGCGAUGUGGAGACGCUGCAGACUGAUGGACCUCUGCAUGACCCCGUGGUAGUUCUGAUUAUACCGAAGGACAAUGAAACGCGGUCGACUUUAAUGUACAAGUACAUCAUCCACGAAGACUCGGUGCCCAUCAACAAUAACAACGUCAUCCAGGAGGACACCUACGAGUGGGCUCUGAAGAGCUGGUCUCCAUGUUCCAAGCCAUGUGCUGGAGGGUUCCAGUACACCAAGUAUGGGUGUCGGAAGAAGGGAGACACCAAGAUGGUUCAUCGAGGCUACUGCGACGCCGGCAAGAGGCCAAAGCCCAUCCGGAGAAUGUGUAACCUUCAGGACUGCACGCAGCCACAAUGGAUCUCAGAAGAAUGGGAGCAUUGUACCAAAACCUGCGGCAGCCUAGGCUUUCAGAUCCGAACAGUUCGCUGCGUGCAGUUCCUGCAUGACAGCACAAACCGCUCCAUUCACAGCAAAUAUUGCAGCGGCGAGAAGCCAGAGAGUCGCAGGCCCUGUAACAGAGCACCGUGUCCUGCCCAGUGGAGGACCGGAGCCUGGUCAGAGUGCUCUGUGACGUGUGGCGAGGGGAUAGAAAGGCGUUUGAUCACUUGCCGGAUUGGAGAUCAGUGUAACGGAGAAAAGCCUGAAAAUGUAAGGCCGUGCAAACCCGGACCCUGCCAUGAUGAGCCGUGUAACGGGGACAAAUCCAUCUUCUGCCAAAUGGAGGUAUUAGCAAGAUACUGCUCCAUUCCAGGCUACAACAAGCUGUGCUGCGACUCCUGCAAUAAACGUACUGGAGCCCUCUCUAUGUUCUCGGAGGCAGCUGAGACAGAGGAACACAUUCGCUUCGGAUCAGCCUCUCAGCUGCUCGAGACACUAACGGCCUCAAUAGCAGCCAACGGCACUCGCGGUGGUAAACAAGGCCCGGGCAAAGGAGCCGCCGCAUCAGGCGGUGCAGCAAAACACAUCACCACGCCUGCUCCAGCUAAGAAAACCCCGUCAAAGAGCACCACAGCCCCAAGGCGGGUUCCACGGCACGUGGAUCUCACUAGCAGGAAGCUGUCCGCCGCCGCAUCAUCACCCCAGACUGGUCCUACGGAGGGUCAGAGGUCAAACAGCUUGAUGGAUAGUCGGCAGCCUACGGCAUAUUCUGAAGUGGAGCGAUGAAAGUGACACUGUUUCCCCUUCAGGACUCUUAAUGUACAGUAGAUAAUCCAGCUUCAUCCUGAGUCUUCUCACACCAAAAAACACCACAGAGAAAGAAAGAAAAGUGCUGGUUCACUUUGUAAGAAUUUCCCUUCUCCGCUCGCCCCCAAUGUGGACUCAAAUAUUUCAGCCACCUGCAGUCAGCUCCAGAUUACUUAGGCUGAAACAGCCGUGCUACUGUGCCUUAUAUUAAUAUGACAGAUCAUUCAAUCAUUUCAAGGUAUAAGGCACGUGAUCCAAAGAGGGUUUUCAUCCGUGUCAAAUGAAAAGCUAAAUUGAGUUCAUAGUGAAUAAUUUCAGGGAAACAAAACAGCCAAAGGAAAGUUCAUUAUUCAGCUCUGUCUCCAAGAUUCAUGGUGUCUGACAUUUCAACACAAUCUUCACUUUUUUUAGGCAAAUAUUAAUGAUUUGUCUAAUGUCACAUACACAGUCAAACCUCAGAUAAAAGGUGCAGGAAGGUGUCUGCAUUUCCCCUCCAGACGGACCAGUUUGUGUGGCUUUGUUAUUUAAUAAAUCACAUCCCAGCCAGACAGCAAAUGUCAGCAGGUGCAGACAUCACAGCGAACUCAUCCAGAAAUGAGUCCUGUUGCAUUUCUAAUCGUUUAAUGUUAUAGUGUUUUUGGAUAAAUCUCAGCUGUGUGAUGCAUUUUACGAACAUUGAAUGCUCUGGUUUAAUCUAGCUAUUAAAUAAACGCCUCCAUACCUAAACUCUACUCUGUGACCUUUGAGGUAGAUGCCAGAGUUUGGUAUAAUUUUAAAGUUAAAAAUAAUUCACAAAUUAGUUCUCAAGUUCACAAACAUCAUCUGAUCCACCUGAAAAUCCCCGAUACUUGAAGGUUUACAAACUGCCAUUUUUCUUGCCUGUAUCAAACUAUAAAGCUCGACUGAUAAACGGCUCAGCUGUCUCAGCGCUUGUGAGUUCACAGGAUCUGAUUCAAAAAUCAAAUAUCAUACUUUAGGUGAAUAUGACACCAUCAGUUUUUUUUUUCUCACAUCCACAAGUGGCUCCAAGUGGCACUCUAUGGAAAUGAGUAUGAAAAUAUCAGUAUAAUUUUAAGAAACGGCUGUGCUCCCAAAUGCCCUUUUUAACCAAUCCUAACACUGAUGUUGAGCCUUUCCAGGGCAGCGCUGUUCACAUCAGCACAAACGCAUAUCAUGGAUAUAUCAUCCAGUUUUUCUAGGUGACUUACAGUUUAAAGAAAACUCAAAGGGCAAAUGUACUCAUGCUCUUUCUUGUUGGGAGUUAGAUGAUUGACACCAUUCUGUGUCUGUGUGAUUAAAAACAAAUGAAGCUAAAGGCAAGAAGCAAUUAAGCUAGUUUUUCACAAACACUGAAAGCUCGCCCGGCUCUGCUUAAAGAUAAAACAUCUUCCUGUCGGCACGAUGAAGCUCAACGUGUUCAUCCUGUUUUUGUCUUGGUUUUUUUCUUGGACACAAACUUGUAUGAAAGCAGUUUUGAUGUUAGCUGCAAUAACCUGAUGUCAUAUUUCAAUUUUUUCACAGACAUUUCACUUAAAGUUUUUGCUCAAAGGUCAAAGAAGGGAACAAACUAAGGGGCAUGCAGUGUUUGUCAGCCCCUCCCUGUAUUCAUGGUGUACAUAAGGGGGACCAUACAGCACUCUGCAGGUGAAAAGACUAAAAUCAUUCACAGUACAUGUAAAAUGCAUUUUUACUCAUACUUUAGUGUCACUUUUUAUUGGACUUGCCUCUUUAUUGGGUACACUUGUGAAAAGAAAAGCGAUGCAGUGCCACCGCUCUGCACUUUCAGUUUCUGCUUAAGCUGUAAAAGAGGUCAAACUUCUAAAAGUUCGUUAUUGAAGUCACAGAGAGCGGCGAUGUGCGCCUCUGAACUGCAUUAGAUUUGAAAGGAAGCAAUUUAUGUAACCUACACAUCACCGCCCGCUGAGACCGCAAUAAUAAGGUAAAUUUGGCACCUUUUUUAAUAAUAUCAGCAAAAACUGAAAAUGUAGAUGAUUGGUGAAUGUAGAGUUGAUAGCAGAACUGCUGGAUUGGAUUUCACAGGUGAGCCUAAUAAAUUGAUUUCAGAUAGCUAAAGCUGCUUUAGAUGAAUUCUGACCACCAAGGACUCUAAAACAAACACAUUAACCUUCAAACACAUUAAGUAGCAUCAGAGUAUCCCAGCACGUUCUGCCCGUGCAGUGAAGUUCAAUACGUACUCUUCUUGUAGCUCAGGAGUCUCCACAUCUCUGGCUGCUGGAGUCCGACUUUCUUCAUCACCCGGCUGUUUCUUCAGCUCUCUGCCAGUGCUGCUGAAGCGGCGUGCUAAAGGGGGGUGCAGAGCUGUGAGAAGUGAGUCUGGCAAAUUUGAUCAACCCCUUCACAGUGUGCCAGUAUAGAGUUAUGUCAUUCAGUUUUAAUAAAAAAAAAAAUAAUAAUGCUUUAUGGCCCUUAGAGCUCAAUACAUCCUGUCAUAAUCAGUCUGAACAGGGUUCUCUGGUACAUUUUAUGUUUGCAGCAAUAAAGCCUAACUGUAAGCACAAUAAGCUGGAAUUUUUAAAAGACUCUUACUGUAAAUGGAACAUAUUUCUUUUUCCAAAGUAUCUUAUAAAUGGCUUUUUUUUAUGGUGGAAAAAGGGUUUUAAGAUGGAAAGCUAUUUAUUAAAAAAAAAAAAAAAAAAAAGGAUUUCCUUGCAACCACCGUGCAUCUGACUGCAACAGCAAAGGCACAGUUUUGUGUUUUCAGCAAAUAGCUUGCAACUAUCCACACUCACUCCUGUGUGCCAAUGUAUAGAACAUGUAUAUAGCAUUGAGUGCAUAAAUAUUUAUUGAAAGUUAAGGGUUCUGCUUUGUUGUUACAGUAUGUGCCACAGAGAAACCAUUGAAAACUGAUCACCUCUUUCUUCAACCAUAUUUUCAGAUUGGAAGCAGAUUUGUGCGUUUUAACAAACACGAUAGACUAGAAAUGACAUUGUUUUUUGCAAACAAUUAGAUGUAAAUAUACAUGCUCAAUUUUGAGAUGUUUUACUUGUCAGAAAGCUGUUUUUUCACAGCUGUUUUGUAGAAGUCUUUACCAGAGUUGCUGCGACACAGCAGCAUGAACUGACCACACAGGUGCUUUAUUUUAACCAAUGAAACUAGUGCAGUAGCAGUGAAUCAGCAAAGCUGUUUGUAGUUGUCAGUAUUUUCAUUUUUCUCCCCAGUUCUUUUCACAUCAUUUACUUGCUGCCUAUAAACACUGCUGCUAAUGCUAUAGAGAGCUUGUAAUGAUAAAUAGGAUAGCUGUAGAUGUUACUUUGACAAUCCCUGAGCUGCAGACAGCUAUUAUUGCAUAGGAUCUUCCAUGUACUGUAUCAAUACCCCUGUGCUUUCCAUGCAUUGACGUGUUGGAUCGUCAUGAGCGUAAGUCACUCUGUUCUAUUUGCUUUACUAUGUAUUUGUGUAGAUUGAAGUGUACACUACUGAUGCUGUUUGUUGUAAUGGGGAGC